GACCAGUCAUCCCCGUAUAGAUGUGAUGGAUGCGCGCGCUCCCGCCCGCUCCCGUGACGCAGCGCAUCCUCGUGCGCACAGAUGCUGCUGGAGUGGAAGCGACAGGCGCGCUCAUCUCGGUGGGACUGAGCACAUCGAACACCAGAGACGGGGGAGAAGAUCACCCGGCUUGCGUCCGUGAGGGAGCCUCAGACCGCGGGGAACCAUGCUCGUCACGAGUGUCUCCGUGGGCAGCAGGACUUAAAAAAGCUGCGGUCCAUCCAUCUGGACACUUUUUACUCUCGCCCCUUCCCCUUGUGUCUCCCUCCCCCAUUGAUAAGGCAGAUAAGAGUCCAGACAGUCACAUUCCUGCUCAUAUUCCUCUUCGGGUGAGCUAUUUCACUCCAGUUUGACGGCCUAUCGGGGUCUCCUUUAAGAGCGAUGUGGAAGACCGGGGUCCUCCUGCUGCUGUGGGUGCUUUUGGCGUCCGGCGAACUCCAACAAGACACGGAGCCGCGUAAACUCCCACCCCCGGGAAAGUUGGAUUUCGGUUAUGUGCCCUCGGGAGUUUACGAGACACUGGCCCAUUACGAACCGGGACCGAUAGGGAUCCUGUUCCACAUGGUGCAAGCUUUUCUGUACGUCGUGCAACCCAACGCCUUCCCACAAGAUCUUAUUGUCAAACUGGCAAAGGACAAGUUUGGAGCCAUUCAGACAGAAUAUCAAAAGGCCAUCUACUACGAGAUAGGCUUCCUUGUGUGUGCGGCUGUGGGCCUGCUGUUCACCGUUCUGAUGCCGAUAGCCGGCCUCUUCUUCUGCAUGUGCCGCUGCUGUGACAACUGCGGCGGCGAGAUGCACCAGCGCCAGAGGAAAAACGCGGACUGCCGGCGUGGGCUGCUGGGAACACUGCUCUUCUCCACCUCACUGGUCAUCACGAUCGGAGUACUGUGUGCAUAUGCUGCCAACCAGAACCUGAGCUCUCAGGUGAAGAACAUACGGAGACUGGUCAACAGCAACAUGAGGGACCUGCACACCUUCGCUAAUGACACGCCAAUGCAAAUUGAUUACCUAAUAUCCCAAUAUGCCACAGCCAAGAACAAAGUCAUCUAUGACCUAGAUAAUAUAGGGCCGUUAUUGGGUGGAAGGAUACGUGACCAGCUGGAUAAGGAGGUCCACCCUGCCUUGGACAGAGUGCUAAAUAUGGCUGGAGCCAUGCGAGAAACGAAGGAGGCCCUGGAGAACUCUAGUGUGGGUCUAGAGGUCCUCCAAGAAGGAACAGGGAAACUCAACUUCAACCUGAGCCUGGUUCGGACCCGCAUCAACCACACCCUCGACGACCCGGGCUGUAAUGAUGAGGAGUCAGACGCCACCACGGCACAGCUGUGCCGCAACAUCCGCAACUCCUUGUCUCAACUGCAGAUCAGCGCCAACUUCACAAGGCUACCCAAAGUGAACAUUCAGCUGCAAAAGGUGAACGAUGUGUUGAGAACGGACCUCAGUGCUAUCGUCCAGAAGGGUUAUUCCUCUUUGAAUGACACGCCACACAUGGUGAUUGAACAGACCAGAAAUGUUGUGGAGAAUGUACAAGGUUUGAUGGACGGAAUUGGCACUAACAUCAGCAGGUUUUCCAAGGUAUUCCCUGUGCAGAGUUGCCUUUCCAACUUCACUAUCCUCAUUAGCCAUGCCCAUGCCAAGAUUGAGGACUACUACCCUGAAAUUGACAAAAUGGACUUCUACAGAUGGAUUGGCUGUAUUGCUCUUUGCUGCAUGGUGGUCCUGGUCCUGGCUUUCAACUACCUGGGCCUGCUAUGUGGCACCCUGGGAUACGACAAGCACGCCUCACCUACAACACGAGGCUGCAUUUCCAAUACAGGAGGAACAAUGCUCAUGGCUGGCGUUGGAUUUAGCUUCAUCUUCUCCUGGGUGCUCAUGGGAGUGGUGACCACCAUCUUCUUGGUUGGAGGCAACAUGGAGAAACUUGUUUGUGAACCUUUCCACACCAAAGAAGUCUUCAAGGUUGUGGACACUCCAUAUCUGGUCAACCCCGAGUGGAAGAACUUCAUCCCUGGCUACAUGUACAACGACUCCGACCUGGAGCUGACAGCAGAGAGCUUGUACAGCACAUGCAAAGAGAACAAAGGCAUCUACUCAGCCAUGCGUCUGGACAAAGUCUUCAACAUCUCCUCUUUCCUGAACACUACAGUGUUUACGAAGGAUGUGGUGGGUCAGCUGGACAGUAUAAAGAUCGACCUGAGGGGAAUAAUCCUGUUAGAGGCAGAGGGGAAGCAGAACCUUCUGGAUUUCUCAGAAGCAGGGCUGUCGGAGAUCAACUACGCAGACUACCUGGAAGAGGUCAACAAAGGAGUCACUGUGAUAGACCUUCUCUCAUUUACCAGAGAGCUGGAGGCCAAGACAGACCUCAUGCCCAAAGGGUCUCUGCACACCGCCCUGAAAGGCCACACCAGCACUCUGCGACAGAUCCACAGCCAACAGGUCAUCCCCAUGGAACAGGCCAUGAGCGCACUGAACCAGAGCAUGAGGUUCCUGGAGAGAACAGCCUCAGACCUGCCAAACAAAGUUUUAGCAAUUAUUGAUGCCAUCGAAGCUGCUCAGCACCUCAUCUCCCAGAAUGCUACACAUUUAAUCAAUCGGGAAACUGGAAGAUUCACAGCGACCAUUGUUGGCUACUUCCAUCAAUACAUAGAAUGGGUCAAAACAUCCUUGGCCAUGGAGGUUGCGCCAUGCAAGCCCUUCAGCAACAUGGUGGACACGGCAGAAAUCAUUGCUUGCAGUUUCUUGGUUGACUCCAUGAACACAUUCUGGAUGGGCCUGGGCUGCAGCACUCUCUUCUUGCUCCCAAGCAUUAUCCUAGCAGUGAAACUAGCCAAGUAUUACCGCAGGAUGGACACAGAGGAUGUUUACGAUGACAUUGAGACAAUUCCCAUGAAAAAUAUGGAAAAUGGUAAUAAUGGUUAUCAUAGUGAACGCUCACAAGGUAUCCCAAAUCCUAUGAUGACAAGCAUCCCUACCUAUGACACUAUGAACAGGUUUCCACGGGCCUCGGCUCCUCCGAGGCACAUUGACUGGUGACAGAGAGCCGGCUCUUGUUCUGGCUCGUGAAAGUGCCCUCGAAAGCUGGAACUAAAAUACAUCAUAUGUUUGUCUCAUGACCCCCUUGGACCAGAGAAAUAAAUAAAAGCUGGUUUCCUUACAAGAGAAGAAGAGCACACAAAGCCCUUUGGAUAUUUUUGUCUUUAGUGAUCAACUCUCAUCAGUCCACAAAUGUUGCCUGCCGCUCCAAGAAACUAUGCCUGCAGGACAUCAAACUCUUCUCCCUCAGCGUCAAUCUGAGCCAGGCUUGUUCUGCAUUUGUCAAAGGACCGCUGUGUCUGCGUUUACAGUUGUUUAGACAAAACUAAGCUAAAAAAUUCAUUCAGCAAGAGGAAAGGACAAUAAUUGUGAUGCCUGUUUAUUUUGUGCUUAAGAAGACAGCGGCUGAAAAGUCUCAAAGGUCAUGGCGAGCUGUUUCUCCUGCACUUCGAAUGGAUGUAUCACAGUCUACGUAAGCAGCAUACAUGAGUUGAGCUGGACGAUUUGAAUGAAGUGGUAAAAAAUUAAACAAAACAAAAACAGUUUGUUACCAGGUGGAUUUUUGUGGGUAAUAUGGAGAAAUUUAGAAUGAUUUUUAAAUGUUUACAAUAUUGCAAAACAUUCAGAGUUUGGGAAAACUGCAUAUGACUGGUUGCCUUUCAAAUGUAUGUGGCAUGUUGACAGAUGUGAUCCUUCUCAAAGGGAAAAUCCACCCACUGAUGCUCUCACAAAAUUAAAUAAAAAUCAGUGUCUGUGACACUGUGAUAUCAAAUGAUUUACUCUGAUGUCUUUUUAGCAUGCCCAUUUUCUCUUAACUCAUAACAGCAAACCCAUUUUUUUCUUUAUGGGAAAAUUAGGGAAUUUAAAACAGAUCAAUUUAAGUAGGCUUGAAUUGAUUUUGACACCUGACAACCUAAGAUGACAAUAUUGUGUUUACCUUUCAUUAUGCACUACAUAAACAUGUUUUUAUUUGUUAAUCUUCUUGGGCACCAUUUAAGAAACCUUACACCAGGUUGGUGGUGCCACUGUUUUUGAGAUCAAGGUUUGGCCAGUUAAUCACAUGAGCAGCAGUAAUACUUCACCAAAUAACAAAAUAAAUCAAAAAAUGCCUCACCAAACCAACAAUGUAAAUGGGGUGUGGUGGAUUUUCCCUUUAAUUCUCAUGAUUAAGUCAGUGCAUUUUUCAUAUAUCACAUACUUUAACAAGAGUUAUGUUUAUAGUUGGUUUUGUAAAUGAUGAAUUGAUUAACAACGCUAUCAUGUUGAUUUCACUAACAUGACUGCUUUUCUUUUUUACUUGGAUCUUUCUUGCUUCCAUAGUGAUGAUACUUUUAAAGUUGAGAAAUAAUUUCUCAAGCCAAAUUGUUGUUUUUUGGUUUUGUUUUGUUUUUCACUGCAGGUCUCGGGUCUUAGUGGUCUGUCAGUCGUGUGCUUAUUUUGUUUCUGCUUUUUAAAACCCCACAAUAGCCUAUCUAUGGAUACAUUUAGCAUAUUAUUGAUUGGGUGAAUGUAUUCAAGAACUAUUUUUUGUUUUCACUGGAUGAUGUUGUCUGAGAAAUAUGCUGAAGUCUAUUGCUAAAGCACUGCGCAAGCCAGUCAAGCUAUCCCACCCACCUCGCCUCCAUGUUUACAGGUUAGAUUUGCAGCUGCUGUCGGUGCUGUUAUGAUGGUGAAAAAUCAGACAAUCCAUUCCGGAAGAAUGCUAUGAUUUACACAGCCGAUCAUGCUGAUGCACACUGAAAAAAAAUAAUGUCCAUCUUAACUGAAUUUUGCACGUCUAGCUAAGAGCUGACAUGAUAUUUAAAUAAUUUUGCAAGCUUUUUGAUCCCCUAUUAGCAUCAAAGUUGUGUCAAUGGAACAGAUUACCUUUGAAAACUAGAGAAAAUAUUUUAAAAUUUCACUUUUAUGACCAUAUUUAAUUUACAUCACAUAGACAAUCUGACUAUUUCCAUGAAUCAAAAAACUACAUAUAGUACUAAGCAUUAUGUCAUAAAUACUGUAUGUACCAGUGUUCAGAAUAAAUUCUUACUGUGAUGUAAAAAUGGCUGUAGUUAGCAUAAGAUUUGCUGACAGUUUCUGUGUUUCAUUGCAAUACCUAGGUUCUUGUUAAGAUGGACAUUUUUGAGCCUAUCUGUGUGUUCACUUUCACAGGACUAUCACUGAUUUUGUUAUCUGCAAGAGUCUGGAUGUGACCCAUCUUGGGAGAAAAAGGGUGUGAUUUAACUAAGUGCUUAAAGUAGAUUAUUGUAUAUCCAAACUCUGGUUGGAUGCAGUCGCAACAGAUGCGGUGGUGACUGGUUUGAACUGUGAUGCUCCAAAGUUGAGUGUUGAUGGGGCAAUGGAAGAGGAAGUUUUUAUGUGGUGGUGAAAGAGAGUGUAUAAAUUGUGAAUAAACUCUGAAAUGGAAUUUCUGU